UCUCCAAUGCGCGCUUGCCAAUCGCAAUAUAAACCGUUCGCUGGGGUACAUUUUACACAAUCCUUUUUUUUACUGUCCAUCCAUCCGUCGGUUGGUUCGUUUGUUCGUUCCGGCAGUGGAAAUUCAUGCUGACAUAAUCAUUGAGCUUGCUUUUUUCCCAAGUUUCCGUGUAGAGAAUACCAAAUGUGUGUAUCCAUUAAAUGCAAACUCAUCCACUGGCAUACAUUCGUUUAAUGAGCGAACCUUCUUUCGACUUGUGUCACAGGUAUAUAUAUAUGUAUAAUACGAGCAAUAGUGUAAUGGCAGUUGCUGUCGUUGCCGCACCGUGCUUGCAUGUUACUGGAUCAUUUCAUUAGGUGCAUCUGUCGCCAAUGUUUGUGUAUCAUCAUUUUGUUAUUUUUGUGAAUGUUAGGUUGGCAACAAGACUCGUUGGCACAUGCCAUCCACACCAAUACAUGCAUACAUCAUUUCCUCUCCACCAAAAGGACUCACGCUCGCUCUCUUUCUUUCUCUCGUUUGCCGCGUAUACACAUUUUCCAUCCCAUGGAUCCGUCACUUCUCCAAACAGACAGAGAUAGAGAAAGGGCAAAGAGAGAAACGGAGAGCAUUUCUUUCGAUGGGAAAUUCGAAUAACCAUUUCGCGUAGAUAAAAGCUACAGCACGCUCAGCAUCUCAGUUCAUUAUCAGUUUGGCCGAUGAUCAAAACAGUCAUCCAAAGGAACCAAAUCAGUGUUGUAUGGUAGAUUUUGUUGGUUGAAAUACAAUAAAUAAAAACACAUCGAAAGCGAAUAACGUUUUUUAAUCUGCUUAAAGUGAAAUACUCCGCAUGGCGUGUGGUGUAUGUGGCAGCUAUCCGGUCUUUAGUCCGCAGAUUAAAACAUAAAUCAUAAUAAACGAAGCAGAAAUUUUCCCGAAUUUUCCCUUGUCGGCAAAUGGGCUGGCGUGUAUGUAUGUGUGCGGAGCACGUGCAUGUUUCUAACUCCAUAACUCAACACCCAGUGAAUUCAAAUUGAUGGUAAUCAAUACAAAUUUUAAACUUUGUCUAAUUGGACAGACUGCAAAAGCAAACACAAGUGUGUGUUGCGAAAAAAAAGAACCGAGAAAAAAAUAAAAAUAAAGUACAAACUGAAAGAAAAUCCAGCAACAGCAAAAUCCAGUGUGAACUCAGCUGAAGACUCGACCAUCAUUUUUGGAAUAACACUCACGAAAAUCCACUUGACGGAGCAGCAUAAUAAUUUUUUUCGGAUUUGUCGCACAGGCAAUUUUGGAGUGGCAGCAGACGUUUUGAAGGCGAGAAAAAUACGUGAAGCCACGAGAAAGGUUUUGGCUAGUAAAGUAGCAUUUUUGGUUGGAGCAACCAUGAUGAUGAUACCAAUGAUUACAAUUCACGGAGGGAAAUUAAAUUUUAUGAGAAUUCAAUAGAGAGAAAGAGAGAAAGAAAAAGGCGAACGAGACCAAACGCAACGCACAACGAACCGAAGAAAAGUUGCAAAAGUUUUUCCGUUUUUAUGGACGGAAUUGCAAAGAAAUAUCGUCGACGUUACUGUUGAACGGGGAAAAAAGAAGAAGAAGUCGAACGAUAUACUGCAUUGGAAAGCAGAACAGAUUCGAAUGUGAAACAUUAAGUGUAGAACAUAAUCCGAUAUAAAAUAUGCAAAAGGAGCUCCACAAUAACGGCCAACAACGAUAGAACGCAACCACAACAGCAACCCUAGUCCGAUAUAGAAAAAAACAAAACGAGUGAAUGAGAGUGAGUGCUUGAAACUCGCAUAUAAAGCAAAUUCAAAGCAAUUGCCAUAAUGAAUAAAUAAAUUCACAAACGACUCUUUUAUGAUUGGCGAUUUGGGAGAAGAAUAGCGCGCAAAAGAAAACUGGUGGAACAGUUAUCGUUUCAACGUCAAUUGAGAAAUUACUGGGGAAUAAUAGCACUGCAACACGCAGAAAUCAAGGAAUCGAUUGUCUUCGGUGGGUGGCGAACAUCGAGGCGGUUCACUUCAUUUUUUAUUUCUUUUUUUUUCCAGUUCUGUUGCUCGGUCGUUUCACGUAACGCACUGUCGUUCGUGAUUUAAAACAUUUAUUUUCCCAACUUGUCAAUCGCAGACAGAAUGAAACGACAAAAGUUAAAAGUUUUUAAUAGUUGCCAUCACAGAAGCACAAUGAAUUGUGCCAGCGAGAACAAAUUGUUCACAGUUUUGUUCAAUCGACGGGCGAUGCUGGGAAUUGCAUUGUUAUUAUCGACAUUGCUACCAUUGAAUCAUGCGGCUCCAACGGCAAAAUCGUUAAGCCAUUCAAAUGACGGCCAAACAGAAACCACAUCAACUCCACCACCACCAACACCAUCACCGCCAUCGACAACAGUGUCACCAGCACCGCCAACAACAAUAACAACAACAUCGAAAGUCACAUUGAAUGGUACAAUUCAAAUGGAUAAAAUAAAUGAUAAAGUUGUUUUGCCCCCCGUUGACAGUGCUUUGGAUGCGACGGCGGCAGCAGCAUCCGUUGUCGCAACAACGAUUGAAAAAACACCAUCAAAUGACAAAGCAUCGUCGAUUGAAUAUAAUAAAAAUGGUGCAACUAUAAAAAGCGUCGAUUCAGUGAGGGUGACGAUACCCGCAUCCGCUAGUUCAUCGAAUAAUUAUCUUGAUAAAAACAAUCGUUCCGUUCCGCUGAUAAGCAUUUCGAUAUCGGAAUCACAGACCCAGCCAACGGCUGCAGUCGAUAAAAAUAUUGAUGUUGCGUCGACCUCACUGUCAACAACCGAACCAUUGGUGGUGGGUGAAAGUGAAGAUCUUGUGACGACCACUACAUUCAUUCCACAUCCCCACAGUAGCACCGAAACCAUUUUAUCAGAUGUUCAAUUGCAAAGGAAUAAAAAUCCAACACAAGAAACCGUUUUCACCACAGAGAAUGUGGUACAGACAGCAACGGCAAAAUCAUCAUCGAUUUCGGGCGAUUUAAUGGUGGCCACUCCAAAGUCAUCUAGCGAUAACAUUGCUACACCAACAACGCCGAAAAUAUCUUCAUUAACUGAAAUUGAUGAACUGUCAUUCAGAGUGAACGCAGAGGAGCAUUUCAACGGUCCAGCAAAUAUGCAAUCGGAAGCAAACCAACCGUUAUCGACAGGGGAGAGCGUCCAAACUAAUGGCAAUGACAGAGAUCGUGAUGAUGUUGCCGUAACUAAUGAAAACAGCAAACCAUUUGAUGCGGCUGUCGACGGUAAAUUGGGUCAUGCAGAGACAACACAAACUACCAUAUUGAUUAAAAGCGCAUCCACAACGGCCAGCAGCAGCGAGAGUAAUGGCAGUGUUGGUGUUGUUGGUAGAAUCGCAACGGAUAAGACUAAUAAUGGCAAUGGUGGAAAAAUUACCAAAGUUUUCGAUGAAGAAAAAUCAUCGAGCAGUAAAAAAGCAAAGCAUGAAAGCAACAGCAAUAACAAUAAAAAAUACAAUAACAAGAAUAAUAAAGACAAAUCGAAAACGAAGGCGAACGAAUACGAAGACAUCGACGACGCUUCUGCUACUGCUGAAAAAGAAGGUGGCGUCAACGAUCCGAAUGGCAAACUAAACGAUAAUUUAUUGAGGGAGAGCGUUUCAUUUGUACAAGAGCCAACAACAUCAGCUCCUUCAUUUGCAACGGAUGUGCGCUCAGCUGCUGCUGCUGCUGCUGCUCAAACAACGACCAUUAGAUCAAUGGAAUCCCAUUCUAUUAUUGGAGAAUCUUUGCCUGAUGAUAUUGCGCGUAAUUCACCGAUAUUUGAUGAGAUUCGCACCGAACCCGUGAUUAAUGCGGAUGUGACAAGUUUCACACCAACCAGCAUUUUCAGCGUCGAUGCUCACAUUUCAUCCACGUUGAAUGCACAGGAUCCCAGUUCUACCGUUGCCUCACCAACGACGACAACGACCACAACUGAAACACCGACAAAAACUGAAGUCAAAAGUAGCACCGAGCAAAAGCAUCAUGAUACGGUGGGCCAAAAAAUAACAUCAACCACAUUCACACCAGAACUGGCAACAAAAGAACCAGCAAAUGACACAACUUUGCCGAAUGAAAAACAAUUGGCCACAGAAAAAGUGGCAACGGCAACGGAAACGGCAGCAGCAACCAAGGUGACUGCAAACAAUGAUUCAAACAAACAUUCAAACGCACACGGUAAUGAGAUGAAUAAAGCUGAUAAUGAAUUUAUGCGCAAUGAUGGUAUGAAAAGCAACCCAAAACCGACAACCGGACCGCCAAGCAUUUUGGAUUAUGAUAAAUCGAGUGAGGAAAUUUUUGAUAUAGUUCGGGAAACGUCAACACCCAAAGCGGAUAUAACGUCAACAGUUGUACCAGAAAAACGACCACACGAUGCAAACAAUGAUGAAUUCUUCUUGCCAGCCGAUGAUUUGGAAACGGACACCAUGGUUACAGUCAGCACUUCAACUACUAGCGCUGCUGCUAUUGCUGCUGUUGUUACGACUUCCGCAACAACUACAAUACAAAGUACAGUUCCAAUAAAUACGGAAUCGGCUAUUGUUCGGCCGAACACAGAUAGUUCAGGCCCAACAAUAACAGCACCAAUCCCGAUCGUAACAUCAGAUUCGAAACAACAAACAACCGAUGUGAACAAAGCAUCGACCAUUUCACGUGACUCGGAUACGAUUUUUUAUAUUUCAAAUACGGAAGUGAAAGUAGUGGAAUCAUCGGUACCCACCCCAAAUUCAAAGCAGGAGAAUCAGUUUUUUCGGCCCGACUUUCCGGCACUAUUUCAAGAAGACGUUAUUAUCGAUUUUCCUUUUAAAAAUUCUUCUGGCUGGAAUCCUGGGUUAGACGGGCCCAAUGACAAAUACGAAGAGGAUAUCAUUUUGUCACCCAUGAAAAGCAACUUUGAUCCAACCAAAUUGAAUGAUGAAAAUCUAAGCAUUAGCUAUGUGGGUGAAUCAUUUAUUGAUAUCAAAGAGGCGACUAGUGAUGACACAAGUGCUGGCAAUGAUGCGAAUUCACAAAACAAUGACAUUUCGUCGGAGAGUAAAGAGAAUGGACGUUCAUACGGUGACAAUGCAAUAUCGUCAAAUGUUAUUAUUGAACCGGUUGUGAUCCCCGAUUUACAGCAAUCGAUUGGUGUGCCAAUCAUCGGUGAGCUACCGUCACAAAUCAACAUUCGCGAUUUGGAUUACAAAAACGAUGCCAUACAGUUGAAUAACAGUGGCAAUAGCAUUUCGUCGCACUUUCCAACGCAUCCCGGUGAUAAUCUGCAGAAAGCUCAAGAGCUCACCGCCGAACUACCGAAAACCGAUUCCGAAGAAGCCAUCGCUUUAAUCGACGACGAAGACAAAGUGGAUAUCACCAAAAAUGAAACACAAAAAACCAAUACCACCACCGCCGCUGAAGCUAUAACUAAUGUGACAGCAUUCGGUAUAUUGGAUGAUGAUCCCGAAACAAACUGGAACGAUAUACAAACCAUAAUAAUAAUCGCUCUGUUGACUAUAGUUCCAACGAUUGGAUGCUUAGUGCUAGUUUUCGCCAUUCGGAAAGUUUACCGGAAAGCGAUUAGUUUGCACGAUGACAGAAAUUCAAGUGGAACCAAUGGAAAUGUACUACUUCGCGAUGGCAGCACUGAUCCAUUGGCUAUGAAUCCGCACACCAUUUCUGCAGACGAGCUCAAAUCAGUCGACUGUGAAGCGAACGGUAUCAAUCACAGCAAUGACAAUUUAAUAUCAAACGCCGAAAUCACGUCGAUGCAGUGUGAUGAGAUGGCCACGGGCGGCGGUGGCGGACAACAAAUGAAUCACCAUUCAGGCGCAAAUGGAUCGCUGAUUACGAUGACAAUGAAAAACAAUCAUUUAAUUGUGGAAACGGAGGAGCGAAGCGAUAUUGCACGAGAUGUUCGCGAAACGAAGGUGCAUUAUUCGCCAUCAGAAAAGGAUGGGGUGUUUGUUGUUGAAGUGGCUCGCGGCGCUGAUAGCAACACAACGCCAAUCAUGAUGGCGAAUGUAGCUGCAGCGUCCAAAGCUGGAGCAUCAGCAGUAGCCACUGCCGCCGCAUCGAUGACGGUUGAACAGAUGACCAUAUCGCCGAGACAAACUCAAGCGACCAUUGUGGAAGUACCGGAGGAGCAACCAAAGAGUGUGGACUAUGCAUCGUCGAAUGAUGUGUCAUCGUGCACACGAAGUAAUGAAAAAGUAUUGGUUCAUCCCCCGCCGAAUGGAAUGUGCUUGGAGGAUGAUGUCUUGAUGAUCGACGAAGAUGGUGCCGUUUCAAUGUCAUCACCAAAACAUAACGGACACAAUGAAAUCGUAGCUCAUGCCGGCAGUAUAAAUACCGGUUUGUCGCAGUCAGAUUUGAGCAUUUCAUCAUCAGAUGGCUCAAACCGCGCAUACUGCUAUGGCACACAAGAAACUUACACGGUCGAUACGAAAAGCUACCAAUCAACGUCACCGCAUCACAACACCGUGCUCAUCGAAGCAAAUGAAACAAACGAACCAAACGCACCGACACCUGAACCAAUUACAGUAAUUAGUGACACAGAGCACGAAAACCAAAUUAACGAAAAUGGAUCACUGGAAAAUACAUUGGAUAACACAGUACGAGACGCUACCGAACCGCUAUUGAUUGACAUUGUAAACGAAAAUCAAAUUCCCACCACCAACAAUGGCAUCAUCUUAUCAAAAGCUCUUAAAACAGCCACCACCAUUGCUGCCGAAAUUGAAAUUGAAAACGGCAAUGAACCACAGCAACAGCAACAACAGCUACCGUCUCUGCACGAGCACGAACACCAUCACAAAAAUGGCUUCAGUAAAACUACUGAAUCGAUUAUAACUACCAACGGCAAUGGCAAACUGAACGGUGAUCUCGAAAAUGGAUUCAAUGGUAACGAGCAACAUUUAACCGAUAACUCAAACGAUUUCGAUAGUUUGAUGAACUUUCCAGCGCCACCGACAUGCGAUGAAAUCAAACAAUUCAAUGAAAUCACCCAGUUAGAUAAUGGAAAUAUGGAUUCAUUGCCACCACCACCGCCAGAAAUUCUUCCAGCCGCUGCUGUCGCCACCGUUGGACCGAUUAAUGUCGAAAGUUAAUGUGAAAUCGCACGUACCAAUCGAAUUAGUGUGUGAGCGCUUACUCGCGCAUACACACAGACAAACACAAACAAAGCUCUUUAAUGAGUGUCAUUUACUCUCUGUUUAUGACUCAACUACUCAUCUGCGAACGAUGCGAAAAUGCUGCUGCUCCAGCACUUUUUAAGCGUUUCACAUUCAGAUAUGAUUUUGUAUCAGACUCGGGGAUAAAGUUCAUGUUUUUUUUUUGCCGUUUGAAACGAUUGUGGCCAAAAAUGUUGCCAAAAUAAGAAAACGAAAAAGAGAAAGAAAAUCGUAAAAACUAUGAAAUAUUAUUUGUUAUGAGAUUUUUUUUUGCUGUCUUUGUUUGUUUCGUGUCGAAAUGACGCAGAAAUAAGUGAAACAAACACACAGAAAGUAACAGAUUUUAAUGAAUUUGUGGUAAAACCGCAAGCAAAAAAAACUAGUUUUUAUUGAAGAAUUAUAGACAAAAAAAACAGAAAUGAUUACAAAUUAUUAUAUUAUUGUGAUCUCUUUAUAUGAACGUUUUAAUACACACACACACAAUUAGCUGUAGGAUUUUUAAUGUGAAAAUGAGAAACAAAUCGAUUUGCUCGUCAAUGCAAGAGGUUUACAUGAAUUUGCCAUAACUUUUGAACAUCAAUUCACAAUUUGAAUGCCGUUGUUCGUCACAAAUUCGAAUUCGAACGCAUAAUGGUUUUUGGAUGGUCGUUAACAAAUUCAUGAAACCAUUACAUGAGUUUUGGCACGAGCAUGGAUACAAUUAUUCGCAAAUGGUUCACACAAAAAUAUACGCGGUUAUUUCUAUUACCAUACAAAACAAAUAAUAUAUGUCAAUGUUGUGUUUAAACUAAAAACCAGACUAACAAAAACCUAAAUAUAAUAUUGAAUACUAUAAACAAUUUAGAUUAGAUGAAUAAGUGAAUGAACUACGAAUAAGGCAAAAGGAGAAGGAGUUGUUUAUAAACUGAACAGAAAAAAAACAGAAUAUGCUCGACGAUCCGAGCCGAUAUAACAUUAAAGAAAGCUAGAGUUGAGUUGUUAAAAGUGACUCUUACACUCUUGUCUUUCAGUUUUUUAAGCUUAAGGUAAGAGUUAAAUUAACAGACUAUAAAUGAAAAUGGCUCAACGGUCCAACCAAAAAUCACACUAUAGAUGUUUAAUAAUGAUAACAAUAAAUAAUUUAAUAUACCGCCAACAGUAAACAACUGUCCCCUCGAUCCCCCACACCCUUCACACUUAGCUCAUAUUUGUGCGCACAAAUAGAAAAGAAUGAAAAAAAUAAAUCACAAAAUCAAUUCAAAUGAAUCCAUUCGCAUGGAUAUUUUGGGAGUCAUUGAACUAAUGACCCACGCCAAACUAACAGAAAAACAAGCUAAUAUUAUUAAUAGCCCUAGCUGAUUAGUUGCUGCACAAGCGCUAAAAGGCGCGCUUUGUUUUUGUCCAUAGAUCAUAUAAACCAGACGAAACUAAUAAAUGCGCUCGAAAACUAUCUAUCUGGUCGAUUGGUGAUACGGCCCGCCAAUCAGCACCGGAAAAAUGAAACAAAAACGCUGGCGGCGGCGGCAUGCAGAAUACACAAAGAGAUUAAUAAUAAAUUGAUGUGUAUAAAUGUGUUUGCUUGGUUGUCAAUAGAGCGAACGAUUUCGAAUGGAUGCAACCACCAAAAUGGAGACAAAUGAUCCACCGUUAAGCCGUCUGACCGAUCCAUUGUAUCAGCUAUAAUUACAUGCACGCGCGUAUUUAAUGAGUUUCGUUAUAAUUUUAGCGUUAGAACCAGCAAGAUAUAGAGAACUAGAGAGGAGGUUGAGGAAGUGCACACUUUGUAUCAAUGCAAAUUGAUUAGAGUAAAUAUGUAAUUUAGAAAAACCAAAACUAAAAAAAAAACACAGAACCCGAUCAUGAAAAACCGUCGUCGAUGUACCGCAAAUAUUACCAUUUAUAUUCAUUCAUACAAAUCAUAGCAAAUAUAUUUAUAUAUUCAGGAGCUGAAAAGCAUACUGAAUGUGUGUAGUUAUCAGGAAUGUAAUCGUGUGUAUGCACCGCAGCCACCAACGCCACCACCAUCACAAGUGUCUGGGUUGUGUGCGUUGUGUUCGACGCUGAAUGUGCUAAGCCUGAACUUUAUUACAAUAAUAAGUAAUUAAAUAAUUUUAAUGACUGGAUAUUUAUGGGCACUGACAUAGGCAUUUCAUUCGAUGUGACGAUAAUAAAAGUGUGAGCGAGUAACGAGCGUGCAUGUGUGGAUUUUACGAUGUUAACAUCCUUGUCAAUGUUAUUGUUUGCCGCGAUGCAUGGACCGUAGUACCUCUGUUAUUAUUGUUCGAUUCCGUAAAAUUUGUUCAGCUGAUUACGACCCAUUCCAUAUAAUAUGUUCAGGCUAUGCAGCCAUACAGAUAGCUGAUGCAGACCGGAGUUGCUGUUGUCAUGCAUCAAAAACCAUUCAUUAGUGAUAACAUCCAGAAUGUGUUACGGAAUCAUUGUUGACAUUUAAUCGAAGUGAAAUUGCGAUAAAUGCGCUAAAUUACUCUUUGAUUUGUCACAUAAUAAACCGAACAGAAUAUAAAAAAAAACAAUCAUCGCUGAAACCAUUGAUAAACUCACACAUUUAUAUCGUGUACAUGCGUAUUGAAUAUGUACUGUGGUGCUUUUUAAGCUCGUCAAACCUCGUGAGAAACAGAUUAAAACACAUUAUUUCUAGCCAUAAGAUUAUUGUAGAUAAGAUUCAUAUUGAUUUUCACGCUUUUCAACAGUAUAUAGGGAAAAUGUCGCAACCAUUGUAUUUUUUUUUUUGUAUCUUACCGAAAUUCCGAACAAACACAAGAAAAAAGCAGAACAUGUUUUCCAUUUUCGUUUGAUUUGAAUACAAAAAUCCAAUUAUUAUAGGUGUAGCAAAGAAAAAAAUUAAUUCGAAUCAUUGGAAUUAAAACAAAUUUAUAAUCGAAAGAAAAAUGUAGGGAAUAUACGUUAAAUUUUAGUUUCUUUGAAUUUUUUUUUGUACUUAAUCUACAAUAGCAUGAAUCUACCGCUUUUGCAUGGCCCACUGAACCAGUGUGGCAAUAUUCGGAAGACAUCACUUUUUUUCGAACGAUUUUUGCCAAUAAUUCGCUAAAUUAGAGAAAUCGACAAAUAGAAUCCAGUAGAUAAAAACGUAUGCACAACCGUAUCGCUAUUGUCAUAUGAAACAAACAAAUAUUUAAUUAAAAAAAAAAAAACAAGCAAACAUACCAAAUAGUCCAAGUUACUUGAUUUUUCAUGCAAUUUCAAAGUCAAUUUUGACACAAAUUACCAUUCAGAUGAAUAGAUUUAAAAAAUGAACAUCUAUCUCCAUUGGUAAAACGAAAUCGUUUCAUUUCAUGUGUCAAAUUUGGAGUAAAUUGAUUUAGUUACUUUGAUAAGUGCAAGCGAAACAUGAACAAAUUGGUUGAACCAUCAUUUUGACCAUGAAAUGAAUCAAUUUUGGAUUUUUCGUUUGAGGAUUUGUUGUGAAGAAUGCUUCUUCAUCGAUGAAAUACCUUAUUCGGAGUUGUAUAAGUGUAACUAAUGGAAAUAUAAACGAAAGUUACUUCAAAUACUCGAAAUACUACAGAGGAAAAAAAAAUUGUUCAAUAACGAAUGAAAGAAAAUUUAUAGAAAAUGUCGUUUAGUUCAAAAUAUUCUAAGAGAAUAAUGCACUGAAUGAGAGAGAGAAAAACAUGUUGAAAUGAUGUCAAUAGUACAUUUCUCGAAAUUACGUGGCAUUUACUAAUUUUAGACAGUGAAUCGAAUAUUCUGAGCGUUACAUUCCACUCAAAUUCCCCAACGACAAACUGAACAACACAAUUCAAAUUCACUUAAUUAUUCACAUAGACUGCACAAUUACAACAAUUUCAGUUUGAUUCAGCUUCCACAAUUCUAUUUGGCCAACAUAACACAAUAACCAACAAUAGGUUAUUUAGCAUUUUUCUCCAUAAACUAGUAACAUUCUCCACCCACCACCACCACCAGAUAACAUUUAUUAUUGAAAAUUAUCCGAAAUAAAAAUGAAAUUACAAUUUUAUAAAUGCAUGUCUAAUAAAGGAUAUGGAAACCGAAAAAUUUUCACACAAAAAAACACACACAUUUUAACUCAUUAUAAUUGAUAAUGAUGAUGGGAGUCCAUGUAUUCGAACUAAAUGUCAUUGUUUUAAAUAAAAAAAAACUACAUGAAAUAAAGUCAAAAA